UAAACUCCGCCGGACGAAGACACCGAGAACCCCCGAAUGCUGCUGCCUAAAGACGGCCAACCAAUAGGUUCCGCUCGCACAUCGUUCCGAUGGAUAUUUGUUUCCUGGUCUAUUUCUGGACGAGUUGACAAUGACGGCUCUGUCUGCGCCGGUGAGUAGCCAGUGGAUGGUGGAUGAUUGCCUUCAUCCGGCCAUGUUUUUGUGCGGUACAGAAUCAUCAACGACGACCCGCUUUCUCCCUCCAUCCAUUCCUCCCCCGUUCCUGGUUUGGUGUAUCCAGCAGCUGCGCCCCUUGCACUCCACGCCAAACAUCUUGGCCCCCAAAGUUGACCGGCGCGCCGUUUUUUCUUUUCUUUUUGUGGAGCAUCUUGACCGGGAGCAACAGGAAGGGGGGGUGUCUUUACGAAUUGUGCUCAACUUCCUUUGCCCCCUCCCCUCUUAUCUAAACGCGGCAUCGGCCCGAAGAAGAAGUGCCCGGCACAUGGACAAAUGUAUCGUUUGCAGUGACUGUAUCGAACAACAAACUCACAGCAGUGGUGGGUACAACAUCUGCAGCACGACGUGGCCUGAGGCUGGGAAGCGUACCCUUUUCAUCCUCGUCAUCUCUCUACGGAGGCGGAGGGCUCGGUGCAGGAGCGGCCGUAGCAUUGUCUACGUGCAAUAUGAUGGGGUCGGCUGUUCGGCGACUAUCUGCAUCAUCCACGCCGCACAGCAAGAUGAUGGGUUUAUAUGCGCCAGUAAGACGUUUAUUUGAAAAGGGGCGGAGGCUCGUAGGGCUGUGUGGCACCUUAUGGCAACGCAGCUCUCCCCCACACCCGCCGUCGCCCUUCCACCCGUACCGCGAGGUACCUACGGUAAGGUCGUUUGCAGUGCGCACGGGAGGGGCACGGUUACGGAUGCAACGUGUGCUCUG